GCAGGACAGUCUCGGCCGUUGGGCUGCGGGCGGAGCGCUCCUUCGGGAGAUCGCACGGGUCGCAGCACCCGGGCUUGACUGGAGGGCCAGGCGGGAGAAGCUGGGGUGGGUUCCCCGGGCGGGUAUGGAGCGAGGGGUCGUAGGCUCCGAUUCUGAAGGGGUCCGUAGCCCACCGACGGCGGACUCGAGCCCCGCCGCGCCGCGCCGCUUGGAACCGCCAGGGGGCGCCGCGACCCGCGCGGGGGCCGCCCCCUCCCGAGGCGGGGCUGCGGCGGGCAGGCGGGUGCGCGCACGCGUCGUGUGUCACGGGGCGGGGCGGGGCGGGGCGAUCGCGGUGUUCCCGGCCUGGCGUCCUGGUUCCGCAGCUCCCCGGCGCCUCCACUGCCCCGGCGCGGCCCGGCCCGGCCCCAUGUAUCGUGCGCUCUACGCGUUCCGCUCGGCGGAGCCCAACGCGCUGGCGUUCGCCGCGGGCGAGACCUUCCUGGUGCUGGAGCGCAGCAGCGCGCACUGGUGGCUGGCGGCGCGGGCGCGCAGUGGCGAGACGGGCUACGUGCCGCCCGCCUACCUGCGCCGCCUGCAGGGCCUGGAGCAGGAUGUCCUCCAAGCCAUUGACCGGGCCAUUGAGGCGGUGCACAAUGCAGCCAUGCGGGAUGGUGGCAAGUACAGCCUGGAGCAGCGUGGGGUCCUUCAGAAGCUGAUCCACCACCGGAAAGAGACUCUGUCCCGCAGAGGCCCCUCAGUCCCCAGUCCCGCAGCUAUGACCGCGUCCACCAGUGACCAUCAUUUGGACGCUGCUGCCGCCAGGCAGCCCAAUGGGAUGUGUCGAGCUGGGUUCGAGCGGCAGCACAGCCUGCCCAGUUCCGAGUAUCUCGGGGCAGACAGAGGCCUCUACCAGAUCCCACCUCAGCCUCGCCGAGCAGCUCCCGACACGCCACCCCCACCUGUGAAGCGCCGAGACCGGGAGGCCCUGAUGGCCCCAGGAAGUGGCGGCCGCAACACCACGCCCUCCGGGGGCAGUUCUGUGUCCAGUGGCUCCUCAGUCAGCAGCACCUCCCUUGACACGCUCUGUACCGGCUCUAGCUCGUCUGAGCUGGGUCCCAGCUGCUCACCCACGCCCCCGCCCGUGCCCCGCCGAGGCACCCAUACCACUGUGUCCCAAGCUCAGCCCCCUCCCUCCAAAGUGCCAGCCCCCGAGCCCCCUACAGAGGAGGUGGCGGUUGAUACAACCUCAGCCUCUGAUGAGCUGGAGGCCCUGGGUGCACUGAGCCUGGGGACCACAGAGGAGAAGGUGGUGGCUGAGACUGCUGUGCCCAGGACCAUCGGGGCAGAGCUGAUGGAGCUCGUGCGGAGAAACACCGGCCUGAGCCACGAGCUAUGCCGUGUGGCCAUUGGCGUCGUGGUGGGUCACAUCCAGGCUUCUGUACCGGCCAGCUCGCCUGUCAUGGAGCAGGUCCUCCUCUCGCUGGUAGAGGGCAAGGACCUGAGCACUGCCCUGCCCUCAGGGCAGGUCUGCCAUGACCAGCAGCGGCUGGAGGUGAUCUUUGCAGACCUGGCUCGGCGGAAGGAUGAUGCCCAGCAGCGCAGUUGGGCCCUGUAUGAGGACGAGGGUGUCAUCCGCUGCUACCUGGAGGAGCUGCUGCACAUUCUGACUGACGCAGACCCGGAGGUUUGCAAGAAAAUGUGCAAGAGAAACGAGUUCGAGUCUGUCCUGGCCUUGGUGGCCUACUACCAAAUGGAGCACCGGGCGUCGCUGCGGCUGCUGCUGCUCAGGUGCUUCGGCGCCAUGUGCGGCCUGGACGCGCUCGUCAUCUCCACGCUCGUGUCGUCCGUGCUGCCCGUGGAGCUGGCCCGGGACAUGCAGACAGACACGCAGGAUCACCAGAAGCUCUGCUACUCGGCCCUCAUCCUGGCCAUGGUCUUCUCCAUGGGGGAGGCGGUGCCCUACGCACACUACGAGCACCUGGGCACGCCCUUCGCCCAGUUCCUGCUGAGCAUCGUGGAGGACGGGCUGCCCCUGGACACCACAGAGCAGCUGCCAGAUCUGUGCAUGAACCUGCUUCUAGCGCUCAACCUGCACCUGCCAGCCCCUGACCAGAACGUCGUCAUGAGCGCCCUGAGCAAACACUCCAACGUCAAGAUCUUCUCCGAGAAGCUGCUGUUGCUUCUGAACAGAGGGGACGACCCCGUGCGCAUCUUCAAACACGAGCCGCAGCCGCCGCAUUCCAUCCUCAAGUUCCUGCAGGACGUGUUCGCCAGCCCCGCCACAGCCGCGAUCUUCUACCACACAGACAUGAUGGCGCUCAUCGACAUCACUGUGCGCCACAUUGCGGACCUGUCACCCGGAGACAAGCUGCGCAUGGAGUACCUGUCCCUGAUGCGCGCAGUGAUCCGCUCCACACCCUACCUGCAGCACCGCCACCGGCUCCCCGACCUGCAGGCCACCCUGCGGCGCAUCCUGAAUGAAGAGGAGGCCUCGCCCCAGGGCCAGAUGGACCGCAUGAUUGUCCGAGAGAUGUGCAAGGAAUUCCCCGUGCUAGGCGAGGACCCCAGCUAGCGCCUCCCUUCCCUCCCUUCCCUGCAGCCCUGGUCGGGGUGCAGGGGACGCGGAGGCGUGGCCCUCAGAAUGUUUUGCACAGAUGGGGUGGGGGAGGUGGUGGAAGGGACCUGAGCAGGGCUACCUCCCCAGGAGUAGAGCCGAUGCGAGGGGCCAAGUGUAGGAUUGGGGACCACGCUCUGGGAGCUCCACUGGGGCAGAGGGCCUGUGUGAGCUGAAGCCCCUCCAUCUCCCGGUAGGCUUCCUCUUCAGCAUGCCCCCUCCCCUCAGAUCAGAUGCACACUCAGAGUCCUGCUGCUGCUCCAGGCUGGGCCAGAGCACCCCAUCCCUGUCCUGCCUAGUCUGGGUCCUGGGCCUCAGCAAGCCAUGUCCUUGGGGUCAGGGGAGGCGCCACCCGCCAGCUCUGUUCUUUGCCUUAGCUUCGCAGUAAGUGCUGCUCAUGUGCCCCCCCCCCCCCCGUGGGGGUCGCUUUCCCUUGCUCCCACCCCCAGAGGUCUUGGCCAAGCUGCUGCUUCGAGCGCAGCAUCUUAGAGACGGGCCAUCCAUUCUGGAGCGCCACAGAAUAGGGUGAUGGCACUGAGAAAGCCAAUGACAGAGUCUAUUUUCUCCGUAAAAACAGACUGAAAAGCCAUGUGUAUUUUCCUGUGUGCUGCAGCUCACCUUCGGAAAUAAAUCACAGGCAUCUGGAAACGGGCUGUGUGAUCAGCAA